AUGGCAUCAAAGUACAACAAGCUCUUGGGAAAGCAUGUUCUCAUAAUCGGCGGUUCAACCGGAAUUGGCUUCGCAAUUGCAGAGGCCUCCAUUGCCAGCGGUGCCAAUGUCACCAUCUCAUCAUCGUCACAAGACAAGCUCUUCCAGGCGGUUAUAUCUCUCCAAUCAUUUGUUCCGGCCUCUUCUCAACAGAAGAUUCAAAGUUUCGCCGCCAAUCUCUCCGACUCGGAUGCAGAAGCCAAUCUAGAGGCCGUAUUCGAACAAUCCGGCCCCGUCGACCAUGUCGUAUUCACGGCAGCAGACUCGCUCUCCCUCAUGAUGCUACAAGAUAUGACGCCCGAAAAGAUUCUUGCUGCAUGCCAGAUGCGUCUUGUCGCCCCGUUGAUGGCAGCGAAGGUUGCUGCAAGACACCUGGCCAAGAGCAGCGAGUCCUCUUUCACUAUAACAAGCGGCAGCGCGGCCCAUAAGUCAGCCCCGGGCUGGUCCGUCGUCUCUUACUUCGCAGCCGGCCUGCAGGGUAUAGUAAAGCAACUGGCAGUUGAGCUUAAGCCCUUGAGAGUUAAUGCUGUCGCACCUGGGUAUGUCGAUACAGGACUAUGGGAUGGCAUGAAAUCCGAGGAAAAGGAAGAAAUGGUGAAGGGAAUCGAAGCUUCGAUGCCAACAGGUAAAUUCGGUAGAGUUGAGGACGUUGCUGAGGCAUAUCUAUGGCUGAUGAAAGACCGAAAUGUCACUGGGACCGUAGCAGCGACAGACAGUGGAAUUAUGAUUGUUUAA